UCUACAAGACUACAAACAAAGGAUUAAUUUGCCCUCGCUACAAUCCGGUCGACUACACCGGCUAUGCAGAUCCAUCUCGACGAAACUUAUCACGUCGAUGAAGCCAGCACCUUCUCCCCGGCCACGUUCUUGGACCAGCCGGUCGGACACCAUGCCGCCGCUUGCGCUUGGCUUGGUACGCGCCCAUCUUGGAAGCUACCACUGGUUCUUCUUCUUGCAGAUCCGCUCGUGCGCCACGCCAUGCAUGUCUUCGAGCGCCUUCUCCCACACGGCGUGCGGCACGAUCCCGCUCCUCCACACCCCCGGUCGCUGCGGUAUGCGGGUCUGCAUCUCCUUGCCGGUCAGGAGGUCCACCAGCACCUGGUCGUCGCCUUCCACCACAAGCCCGCCACGGAAGAAACUCAUCGCGAGCCGCAGCCCGCGGAUCAGUGCUCGCGCCUCCACUAUGCCCACCGUGGAGUGCUCCGUCGGCUCGGCGAAGGCGACGAGGACGUGGCCGUUGCAGUCGCGGAUGGAGCCGCCGAUGCUCGCCCGGCCGGACCCGUCGUGAUAGACAGAUCCAUCGAAAUUCAGCUUCAACCAUUCCCGGGGAGGAGGUUCCCACCUGACCAGAA